UAAGAUAGCUGCCAUUCCAUUUUCAGUGCCUAGGGGCUUGUAGGUGGAUGCGAAGUGUAGUUUUUUCAUUGUCUGGAGAUGAAAAAAAUGUAUUUCCUUUACAGUGGCUCUGAAGUGAGUGAAAUAGGAUAAAUACCCCUGACUCAGGAAAAGGCAGAGGCAAGGAACUGAUUUCAAGGUUAGUUUGUUUUCAGUUUUUGGACAAGCAGCCUCACGCGUAACUGCCCACCUUCUGGAGCUGUGUGCACGAAUUGUGGUUUAUUCAAGUUAUUUCGAGAUAUUUGAAUGGCUAAGAUGUCUGACAAUAAUGUUACCAACCAUAAGCUAAAUGUGGAAGCCAUAAUUAAAAAUAUUAACACAAUUUCUUUGGAGUUGAAGAAAAUGAAAGAGCUCUCCCAGUUACUGCUUUGUGACCUUACCCUAUGUUUUAGUCAUCCUGUGAAGACGGAUGAUUUAAAGGAAACAGAAAGAAACAACCCCCUCUUUGAAGAGUCUAAAAUGUCAGAUGUAUCUCUUGCUUCUAACAGUUUUUUAAUCUGAUAUUUUAUUUAUUUGUUGUGAAUUUAUAACUUUUUAUUGUUGAAUUAACACAUACCUAGGAGAAUUGAGUUUACUAAUAUAUUUAAUAUAAUAAAAAACAAAAUAAAAAUACGUUGAGUUGUAAAGAAUCAUUUCCUGCUCUUGAAGACUGUUAUUUUCUUGUUUUAAUGUUUCAAGGAAUGGCUAAUUUAUUUCAUUAAUGGCAAGAGUAUGACAUAGGAAAUUGGCCAUGAGGCACUGCUUAUCCUUUACCCUAUGCCUGAAUUUGGCUUAGGUUGAAAGAGAGUUACUAAAUUCUAAAUGUAUGGUAUGACUUUAUAUUAAUCAGAUCUCUCCUGGUAGCAAGUGCCAAAAGCAACUCAAGCUGGCUGAAGCAUUUAUUGGGUCAUGUGACUUGGAAGUCCAUGGUUGGGAUAGAUUUCAGGGCUUCCACUAAUUCAUCAGAUGUCUCUAUCCUGGUUCUGUUUCUGUACUUGGCCUCAUCCUCUCCUAUUGAAAGCUGAUUUCCUCCAUAUGCCAGGUAGAAGGGGGUAGAGGUAUGGUAGACAACUCCAGGUGUACCGCAGUAUCUUUUGGGGAUCCCAGAGGAAAGAGAUCUUCUCUGUCUCAGUGUUUAACAUUCCAGAGAAAGAUCC